UCCGGUUCCGGGGCCGGCCUCUGGCAGGUCUGGCAUUUAAACUCCCGCCGCCGCCCGGCUGAGUCUCUUCUCUCUCCUUUCUCUGCCUGCCUGCCUGCCUCCUUUUUUCCCUCCCUUGCUGUGGCCGCGGCGAUGUUCAGCUGGCUGGGCGGCGACGACCGCCGUCGGAAGGACCCCGAGGUCUUCCAGACGGUGAGCGAAGGGCUGAAGAAGCUCUACAAGGCCAAGCUGCUGCCGCUGGAGGAGCACUACAAGUUCCAUGAGUUCCACUCGCCCGCCCUGGAGGACGCCGACUUCGACAACAAGCCCAUGGUGCUGCUGGUGGGCCAGUACUCCACCGGAAAGACCACCUUCAUCCGGUACCUGCUGGAGCAGGAUUUUCCUGGGAUGCGGAUCGGACCCGAACCCACGACGGACUCCUUCAUUGCAGUGAUGCAGGGUGACGUGGAAGGGAUCAUCCCUGGCAAUGCCCUGGUGGUCGAUCCCAAGAAGCCCUUCCGGAAACUCAACGCUUUCGGCAACGCCUUCCUGAACAGAUUUGUGUGUGCCCAGUUGCCAAAUGCAGUCCUGGACAGCAUUAGUGUGAUCGACACCCCCGGAAUCCUCUCCGGAGAGAAACAAAGGAUUAGCCGAGGCUACGAUUUUGCCGCUGUCUUGGAGUGGUUCGCCGAGCGGGUAGACCGCAUCAUUCUCCUCUUCGAUGCCCACAAGCUCGACAUCUCCGACGAAUUUUCGGAGGUCAUCAAAGCCCUGAAGAACCACGAGGAUAAGAUGAGAGUAGUCCUCAACAAGGCCGACCAGAUCGAGACCCAGCAGCUCAUGCGGGUCUACGGGGCCCUGAUGUGGUCGCUGGGGAAGAUCGUCAACACCCCCGAAGUCAUCCGGGUGUACAUCGGAUCCUUCUGGUCUCACCCGCUGCUGAUCCCGGAUAACCGUAAACUCUUCGAAGCUGAGGAACAGGAUCUCUUCCGGGACAUCCAGAGUCUCCCCCGGAACGCGGCGCUUCGAAAACUGAACGACCUGAUUAAAAGGGCCCGUCUGGCCAAGGUUCAGGCCUACAUCAUUAGCUCUCUGAAGAAAGAAAUGCCCUCCGUCUUUGGCAAAGACAACAAAAAGAAAGAGCUGGUCAACAACCUGGGCGAGAUUUACGGCCGGAUCGAGCGAGAGCAUCAGAUCUCACCGGGUGAUUUCCCCAAUUUAAAAAAAAUGCAAGAGCAGCUCCAGGGUCAAGACUUCAACAAAUUCCAACCCCUGAAGGCCAAGCUGUUGGACGCGGUAGAAGACAUGUUGGCCCACGACAUUGCCCAACUGAUGGUCUUGGUGCGCCAGGAAGAAUCCCAGCGUCCGGCCCAGAUGGUCAAAGGCGGCGCCUUCGAAGGGACCCUCCACGGCCCCUUCGGACACGGCUACGGAGAAGGAGCCGGAGAAGGCAUUGAUGACGCCACCUGGGUUGUGGCUCGUGAUAAGCCCAUGUACGACGAGAUCUUCUACACCUUGUCCCCCGUCGAUGGGAAGAUAACCGGGGCCAACGCCAAGAAGGAGAUGGUGAGGUCCAAGCUUCCCAACACUGUGUUGGGCAAAAUCUGGAAACUCUCUGACAUCGACAAAGAUGGGAUGUUGGACGACGAAGAGUUUGCCUUGGCCAACCAUCUUAUCAAGGUCAAGUUGGAAGGCCACGAGCUUCCCAGUGAGCUACCGCCUCACCUCGUCCCGCCGUCCAAGAGAAAAAUGGCAGACUGACCGACCUCUGGACCACUCUGGAGAGAUGAGAAAGGUUCCUGUCUUGAGUUUUGAACCUCUGGAGAUGCUCAAGGUCCGCCUCUUGAUGGGACAACCCUAUCUGAGAAGACAGGAUCAGAGAUAGACCUCAACCGUGCUUUGUCGUCAUGUUAUGCAAAUCUCUCUUCUUGAUAUCAUAUCUUGUGGCCUGGUCCCUGUCUAUCAAAGGAAAGUCAUGGUGGAACUUCGAGAAGAACCUCCGUUGGCCUUCAACCAAGGGCUUGAGUUGGAUUAGAUUCAUCUUCAACCAGUUGAAGGGCUUGAGUUGGAUUAGAUUCAUCUUCAACCAGUUGAAUUGAGCCGGGUAAACCAAGUCAACCCCUUGGAUGAAAUCCAGGCCUUCAAAUUUACCCUUCGGUGUAUUGGGAAGACAUCUUGACGUUCAACCUUCCUGGCCUUUGAAGACUCGGGUUACCGAUACAUCUACGCCAUGACUUGGCCUUCAGCUCAUUGGGAACCCGUGGUCCAUCAGAAACGCCUUCUUCUCACAUUUAUCUUCAAGGAUGAUGCAAAAUCUCCUCUAGGGAUGUCCCAGAAGAUCACGCUGGAAAUUAGAACUUGGUGGUUCGUUCUCGGUCGUGAAAGGGGGACCUCUAAGAUUUAAUGAGUGGGAAAGGUUGGGUUUGGUGUAUCCCCAAAAGUUCACAAUCAAAAGGGUUUCUGGAAGGUUGAACCUCAUCUAGAUGAUCAAUGUCACCAGGGUAUCUUCAACUUAGGUCAUAGUAAAGCUCUUCCAACCCGUAAAAUGAGUUAGAUCUUCCCCUCUAGAUAAGCCGGACCUACAAUCGUUGCCUUGCAUCCUACACAUACACAACGUUAAAAACCGCAUGUGAGCUCCAUUGUGAUACCCACUUGUUGUCGGCCAACCCUACAACAAAUCCUACCCCGAUGUUGCCUCCAAAAAAUCUUCUGUCCCGCGAGGAGACCAUCUUGCUUGUAGAUGGUCUUCAGGUGGGCCGAACUACAUUUUACCCCUUCCCCGGUUGCAGGCGCCCCCUGCUGGAGGUUUAAAAUGUGAAACUGUGAACCCAGAGCUGAGCCAAACUCCUGCUUCCCAUUUCACACCUCUCUUUGUGAUUUUGUCAGCCUUGUGGUGGUGUGUGGGUUGGGGGCAGACCCACAACUUUUCACUUCGGACAGAACGAACUUCUGCUGUCCCUUGAAGAACAGAAACGGAGAACCUAGACGCCUAUAACUUAUUUUAUUUUAAUAUUAUAUAUAGAAAGAUAUAUAUCCCAUGUGUGUGUAAUAUAUAUAUAUAUAUAUCCUUAUCGCAAUGCAUUUAUCACGUGUCUUAAAAAAAAUAGCAAAAAAAACCCCCCACAUUAUGAAAGGGAAGGAACAAAGGCCUUUUGUGUAGCGUUUGCCGUACACAACCGGAAGGAAUUUUUGGCUGCUUCCGAAAUAAUUCAUUUUUGUGCAAUUUCGCUCUUCUUUUUUUUUCUUCCAUUUUUAAUUCUUCCAUGUUUCCCAAUCACUAACCUCACUCCUACCUGGGAAGACAAAAAAAUAAAAUUAAUCAGAUAGGAAAAAAUAUGAAAGCCUCACAAGGGGUUUUGAACGUAAGAAUCAAGAAUCCACAAUUUCGGUUGGGUUUUUGUUUUGUUUGUUUUUAACCUAGUUUGUCCCAUGUAAUAAAAAUGUUUUAUUAUCAUAAACAGCAGGAAGAAAAGAUUUACUUUACACAUAAGGUAAGUAUUACACAUGUUGCACGGUUAAAUAAUGAACCUCUAAAUUUAAAAUACAGUUGGAGAAGAGAUCAGUGCAUUCACAGUGAAAACUCUCUGGACCAGCGCAUAAUUAUGAGGAACCUUUCCAUCCUUAUAUUUUGCAUUUUUAAAAAAUAUAUAUAAUUUCCAUUCCUUAAAGUAUAGUUUUUGUGUAUGUGUAGGUCUGUUUCUCUCUCAUUAGCUUAUUUCUGCAUUUCCGUUUUUUGUGCAAUCCUGUCUUGCGUUUGAAACAAAAAUGGCAAAACUUCUGUGUUUCGCAAGGCCAGAAUUCACUGACAAUUUAGAAAAUAUAAAAAGAGUCUUCAUUAAUAAAGCAAAUGGUGCAUAACCUUC